CAGGGGGGCGGCUGCCGCAUCGCCGGAUGUUGCUAACCUUCAGUACGUCAAACUGUCCCGUUACACAGGCUGAACUUUGACGAAGAGGAUGGACGAAGGCUCGGAGUUAUCCUUGACCAUCGCUCAGAUCGUGCAGCGGCUGAAGGGAAGCCAUUUACACUCUCAGAUAGAGAGGCAAGCCAAAGAGUGUUUACACCAACCUGACAUUAAACUGGAGUCUCUUAAAGAGGACGUGCGCAGCUUUCUCAAAACAUCAGGCUGGGAGAGACAGCUACAGAAUGCAGUGUACAGAGAGCUACAUGUCCAGCUGCCCCCGAGCCAUCCUGCGGCUCCUGCAGAGCAUCUCAAAGAGCCGCUGGCCUACAUGCGCAAGGCACAGGCCAGCUGGGAGAAGCGUGUCCUCAAAAGCCUGAACAGCAUGAGUACAGAGCUCGGAGUGCCUCUGGCUCGAAUGAGGCCCGCAGCAGAGCAGAAGGAGCUCACCAACAAAUGGAACGAGAUGGGCACAGAUGAACCAGAUUUAACUCGCUUCAGGCCUGUGUACGCCCCUAAAGACUUUCUGGAGGUGUUAAUCGGCUUGAGGAAUCCGAAUCAUGAUAGCAGCGAGGACAUCGGCGUCAGGAGCCACUGGGGUCUCAUCCAGGUCCCCCUUAAUGUCAGGGACAUCCCACAGCUGAGACAGGCGUACUCAGAGCUGAACCUGACCACUGGGCAGUUAGGGAUUGAUGACCACGCACACAUCCAUCCAGACCUGUUUGAAAACGAGUACGUUCAGGUCGGGAAAAAAGUGCUCUUGGAGCAGGACAGUGCAGCAGCGCAGCAGUACAGCAGACAGGGCUGCUCCACCGGAUUGCGGGCGGACCUGUGGGCCCUCAUUCUUAACGCUACUAACCAGCCACAGGAUGUGAUGCAUUAUGAACAACUCACUGCUGGAGUUAUACAACAUGACCUGCUGGUGGACAACCUCAUCUAUAAGGAUGUGAAGCUCACCGCCAGCAACGAUGACUACUACUUUGUGUUUGAAGAUUUCCUCUAUCAGGUGUUGCUGUGUUUCUCUAGAGACACCGCCGUCUUGGAUCACUUCAAAUACAACAGUGCUACUCCUCCCAAAUCCGUCAUCCAGGGGAAGGAAGGAGAUGAGGAGUGUGCUGUUGUUUAUCCGCCCAACGGCGUGAUCCCUUUUCAUGGGUUUUCAAUGUAUGUGGCACCUUUGUGUUUCUUAUACAACGAGCCGUCCAAGCUGUACAGUGUAUUCAGGGAAAUGUACAUCCGCUACUUCUUCAGGUUACACUCCAUCUCCUCCUCUCCCUCGGGUAUUGUGUCUUUGUGCCUGCAGUUUGAGCGGCUGCUCCAGACCUACCUGCCUCAGCUCUUCUAUCAUCUUCGACAGAUCGGGGCGCAGCCGUUGCGUAUCGCCUUUAAGUGGAUGGUGCGGGCCUUUUCUGGCUAUCUGUCUACUGAUCAGUUGCUUCUCCUCUGGGACCGAAUCCUGGGAUAUGAUUCACUGGAGAUAGUUGCAGUCCUAGCAGCCGCUGUGUUUGCCUUCCGCGCCGAGAACCUGAUGGAAGUGACAUCACUGGCCUCCGCUGAGGCUGUCCUCGCCGACCUUUCAACUCUGAAGGUCAUGCCGCUCAUCCAGAUCUUUCUAUUUGCCACCGCCAUCUGAGGAGCAUGGAACCCCCAAGGAUAUGAGUCGCGGUGCGUACUGUACAUACCACUCGGAGCAUAAAGAGACACUCCGAAAAUGCCACUUUGCAACGCCAUAACUGCACUGUUAACCGUCCAUCAAGAAACGCCAGGCCGCAGUGUGGGACGUCAAGACAAAAACCUACACAUGAAUCACAGACUUCAUCCUGCACUAGCUGAAGCAAAAAGCCAAACCCCUCUUUAGCAUGUAUGCACCAUAAAUAGUGAAUCCCCGCUAUCAUGUGAUCAGAUAUUAUACAGUAUAUAAGUAUAGCCUACAAACCAGUAAGGUUAAGCUAACCUCCCGAAGCCAUAUGCUCCGCAGGAAAGACGAUCCGCGCAGCAGUGCUGGGAUCAGCUGAGAGGCUCAUUAGGAGACAACUUGCAUGGAGCAUUGAUUGUGUUGCGGUAGCAGCGUGCAAAAGAGAACAACAGCAACAUCUCCGAGCUCGGCUAAUGAAGUGUUAAUUAGCUUUUGCAAUUUGCUGUGUAGCUCCUGCUUGUUGUAACACUGUAAGAUAAUGCUGUCGCUGACGGAUGAGGAGACUGGAAGCAUGAGCCAGUGUGUGGAGAGGAACAGACAGAAGACACAAACUGGAUUCAUAUGUCACUUAUAUGAUUAGAAGCUGCUGUGUAUGCACAUAAUGUGUUGUAUUUAUUAGGACACUGUAUAUUACUCUGUUAAGGGAGAGCUCGCCACACACACAAAAGUACGUAUUGUUCUUCUUACUGUUGUGUUGUUUAUCAGUCUAGAUUGUUUUGGUGUGAGUUGCCGCAGAGAUGUCUGCUUUCUCUCUAAUGUAAAGGAAGUCGUUAGCACUCGGUUUGUGGUGAUCAGAGCUCCAAAAAAAUACAUGUGAGAAACUCAACAUCAUUGUCUCUUUACUGAAAUCAUGACCCGGUUACUCAAGAUAACCUUGUUGUGAGCAGUUUCAUGUGGGACAGGGAUUCUCAACUUGCUUUGCCCUUUUGCUUUUGCAACAUGAGAAGAGACCAGGGGCCAGUUAAUCAAUAAAUAUAAAUAAUAAUAGUUAGCAUUGUCGCCUCACAGCAAGAGGGUUCCUGGUUUGAACCCAGGGCUGGGGGGGAAUUUCUAGUAUAUUGGCUGUUUUCAUCCUUUUGACGUUUGCUGUCCCCACUCAUCGUUGCCAAGAGGUAAAUGCAGUCGAAGCAGCCCUGCUCAGGUCAGGUGUAGCAGGGGUGUCUCUAGGAUUUGAGGACGUUAGGGGCCUCUGUUGGGGGGUCUCGGGGAUACUCCUCUGGCACAUUUCUUUUUUAUAAGCAAGCUCUACUUUGAGGCUUUUUUACGCAUUUAAAGUGCAAAAGUGUAAAUCAAUUUAUUUUCAUUUAGGGCUGCAACUAACGAUUAUUUUCAUUGUCGACUAAUCUGUCGAUUAUUUCUUUGAUUAGUCGACUAAUAAUUUUAUCGAAAAAUGUGUUAAAAUGUUGUUAAAUGUCGGUCUGUCUCUCCCAAACCCCAAAAUUAUGUCAUCUAAUGUCUUGUUUCAUACUCACACCAAAGGGUUUUAGUUCACUGUCAUGGGAGAGUGUGUAAAGCUGCCACUAUCUGAACAUAAGAAGCUGCAAUAAGAGUACUUUGGGGCACUUUUAUAGUACUUUUCUAUGAAAAUGACUCAAACCGAUUAUUUUAAUAGUCGAUUAGUCAUCGGUCACCCAGCACCAUAUCACAGGUGGUAAGUUGAGUAUCACUAAUGUAGGAUCUGUUUUCUCUCUACUGAACUACAACCCCCAACUAUAUCACUGCGCAGAAGGAAGCGUGCAUCUACUGCUAGCUCACCUAGCACCGCUUAGCUAGCUAACGUUACAGCUUAGCCGAGGAGGACGGCAUUAAUGUCUUUAUCUCAUGCUGUCCCGAUCAUGAGCUUCUCUUCGAUGAGUAGAUGCACGCUUAAAACUGCUCUCAACAAGAGAAAUUUUCAUAGUUCUACGAACCCCGCUUUUGGUUGCUUCUGCACCACAAAAACUACGAACGAUUGUAGACCUUAGACUGACGUUUUGAUGGACUUUUUAGCCUCUACUUCAGAGUGGGUACUCCCACAGCACGAGAGGAACCAUGAGUGACGAAAGUGUAUUUGAUUGGUAGAACAACAAAAAAAGGCAAAGCUGAAAGAGAAGACCAGGCUUUACUGAGCAUGUAAAGUGACGUUACUACACCAACUGCCGGCCGACUUAAAAUACGUCACUUCAGUGUUCCCUCUGGUGUUAAAGGGAUAGUG